AUGCAGUCAGGCUCCAUGUCUCUUCUGGGCUAUCCUGGGGAUUGCAGUGGCAUAUCCUACAGAACUCACUGUUAUAUCCCUGUUGCUCUUUGCUCCAGUGAUGUAAACCCUACCUUUGGGCUCGGCUUACCCAGUAGCUACCAAGGAAAUCUCUGGCUCCUGGAUGACUGCCAAGAAACCUAUGGUGAAGCGCCAAGCUGUGAAUCUCCCAACUGUGAGCCCAAGACCUGCACCGCAAGUUGUGACCAAUCAAACUUGUCUGUGCCCUGCAACUCUCCAACAGCAGGUAAAAUAUGCAGCACCUGUGAAACUACCAACAUCGGACCCAGCUCCAGCUGCAAGCCAAGCACUCAGACCGAGGGGUAUGUAUCUAAUUGCUGCACACCCAGCCAAUGUACAUCCAAAGCCUGCCAGAGCCUCAGCAAUGGCUUCAAAUGCUUUAGGCAAUUUAACUGCUUAUCCAAGAGUUUCCAGCCCCUAAGCCGCUACAGACUGGGUAGUUUGGGGUACAGGGGCUACCAAAAUCUUGGCUUCAUACACAGUGGCUUCUCACCAUCAUGUUACAUUACCAACAGCUGCCAAUCCCCAAACUAUUUAAUAGGAAAUUGCCAAUAUCUGUAUUAUUGGCCGAGGAGCUGCCGACCGCUGAGCUAUUUUUCAAGAAAUUUCCAGUCUCUGAGCUGCAUACCAAGUACCUUCCCUCCUCUGAGGUAUUUACUUAGCAGUUGCAGAUCUCUGAAUUGCUACUGAUCAACCUAUUGCAUUUGCAGCUGCUAGAAAUUGCCCAAUGGGGCAGAUUCUACCAAGCUGUCACUCUCUCGAAUAUUCUCCUGAAUUACUCCAUGCGUCUUAAGAAUUGUGUUCCAUAACCUCAAAUAUAACUCCAGGAUUAUUCACCACAACCAUUAUCACUUGCCAGCUUUUUUUCUGUUGCUCUCUUAAUGCCCUUUGUGUUGAAGGUGUAUCCUGAAGGUAAUAUUAUUGUUUCAACGCUGAAGAGAUUCCACAUGAAAUACAACGCAAUACAGCAUUCUUAUUUGGGCUGUCACUACCACUUGCCUGCCAACGCAAUUAUUCCCGACCUUUCCUGAAGAAGUGGAGCCUCCUUGGUCUGACUGGUGAUUCCAGCACAUUCUUUCAAGAUUAUUUUGCUUUCCAUCAAUAGUUUUGCUGAUUGCCUAACUAGCAUCUUGCUAAUCAACUAUGAGGUAACAUCAUCCUAAACAUUCUGAAUUAAGCUAUUUCCUCCUUCCCCUGCCAUGUGAAUAUAAAGAUGUGCAAGCAUCAGUGUCCAACUAGAGUUCAAAAUCAGAAGACCUUCAGCAAAUCUCUUCCAAAGAAGCCAUAACACAUAGGAUGGCUGGCACUCAGCUUUUGUUCUCAAUGCCUAGCAGAGAGCCUCAGAAGUGUAGAAACACAGAGGACUUCCUUGGUGGUGCAGAGGUUAAGAAUCUGCUUGCCAAUGCAGGGGACGUGGGAAGAUCCCACAUGCUGUGGAGCAACUAAGCCCGUGCACCACAGUUACUGAGCCUGCACGAAGAGCCUGUGCUCUGCAACAAGAGAAGCCACUGCAGUGAGAAUCUCGCACACCACAAUGAAAAGUAGCCUCCAUUCACCAUAGCUAGAGAAAGCCUGUGUAGCAAUAAAGACCCAAU